AUGGCCACCCAAUCAACUACUAUCCAGCUCACCCUUCUCUCAGCGGAAGGUCUUCACGUCAGGGGAAAACCGGCCAACACCAACGUCUUCGCGGUGGUUCGCGCUGACUCCAUUGCCAGCCACACGACGGCGACGGCCACGGAGAGCAACGGGUCGCUGUCCUGGGAGGAGACGUUUUCGUUGAAGGUGGGGCCUUACGCGAGGUGCCUGACGAUUGAAGUGAAGUGCAGGACGGGAGCGGGAGAGAGAGACGUCGGCGUGGCAAGAAUCGCGCUUUCGGAUUUUCUUGGAAGGUCAGUGCCCGGCAAUAGAUUGCAGUUGUGCUACAGGUUGAGGGACUGGGAUGGGAGAGAAAACGGGACCGUUAAUUUCUCCGUCAGAGUGGUGGCGCCGCCACAGCCGCACGCCGCCGCGGACCAGAAUGGUUGUGAGUCGUCGUUGGGUGGAGUUGUUACCGGCAUUCCCGUUUGGUUGGAGGAGUCAGAGACAAGUAACAGGAGCAAUAUUUGA